AUGCAAAAUUUUCAAACUAUUGAUAAAACAACUCAAAGGUUGAUUGAGAAAGAAAAGGAACACUGGAAAAAUGUUUUAAAAAGAAUUAUUUCAAUAGUGAAAUUUCUUGCUAAACAUAAUUUGGCCUUUCGUGGUUCUAAUGAGAGAUUGUACCAAAAUAGCAAUGAGAAUUUUUUAGGCUUAAUUGAAAUGUUAGCUGAACUUGACCUUAUUGUCCAAGAACAUGUUAGACGUAUUACGGAUGAUAAUAUUCAUGUUCACUUUCUUGGACAUAAAAUUCAAAACGAGUUAAUACCUUUUCUUGCUUCUUCAAUUAAAAAUGAAAUCAUUAGAAAUAUCAAACAAGCAAAGUAUUUCUCAGUGAUACUUGAUUGUACUCCUGAUGUUAGUCACCAAGAGCAAAUGUCUUUGAUGAUACAAUAUGUGGAUGUUUCUUCAAAUACUGUUAGUGUUGAAGAAUCUUUUUUAGGAUUUUUGAAUGUGAAUGAUACUACCGGUCAAGGGCUUUUUGAUGUUUUACAAGAUGAAUUGAAAAAUCUUGAUCUUAACAUAUUUGAUGUGCGGGGACAAGGUUAUGAUAAUGGGUCAAAUAUGAAAGGAAAACAUCAAGGUGUACAAAAGAAAUUUUUAGACCUAAAUCCAAGAGCAUUUUAUACUCCUUGUGCUUGUCAUAGUCUUAAUUUGACAUUGUGUGAUAUGACUAACUCUUGUGGUAAAGCUAAAGAAUUUUUUGGAGUUGUUCAACGCAUUUAUACUAUUUUUGCUAAUUCUACUAAGAGAUGGCAAAUUUUGAAAGAUAAUGUAAAAUGGUUAACGCCAAAAUCAUUGUCAUCCACUCGUUGGGAGAGUCAUGUAGAUAGUGUCAAAGCUAUUAAAACUCAAAUGUCGGAUUUUAGAGAAGCUUUACUUGAAGUGUCAGAAAAGGAUCUUGAUUCUAAAAUAAGAAGUGAAGCUAAAUCCUUAGCAACAAAUGAGCUUGGUGAUUUUGAAUUUUUAAUGGCGAUAAAUAUUUGGUUUGAAAUAUUAUCUACAAUUAAUGUGGUUAGCAAGCUCUUACAAUCAAGGGAUAUGGUUAUUGAUGUUGCUAUGAAAAAAAUAACGGGAUUGAUUUCAUUUUUUAAGGAAUAUAGGGAGAUCGGUUUUAAAAAUGCCUUGAAUUAUGCUACAGAAAUUGCCUUUGAAUUGAAUAUUGAUCUAGUAUUUCCUCAAAGGCGUGUAAUUCGAAGAAAAAGACAAUUUGAUGAGAAUUUGAAUGCCCCGCAAGUUGAGCUAUCUGAAGAUGAAUCUUUUAGAGUUAAUUAUUUUCUUUACCUUGUCGAUCAAACUAUUGUAUCUCUUAAUAUGAGAUUUGAGCAAUACCAACAAUAUGAAAGUGUUUUUGGGUUCUUGUUUACUUCUCAAAUUUUACAAUCAUUGGACGACGCAACUUUAGAGUCUUGUUGUAGUCAUUUAGAAGCAACAUUGAAACAUAAUGAGCAAUGUGAUAUUGAUGGGAAAGGAUUAUGUCUGGAGUUAAAGUUGCUAAGAGAUACGUUGCCUGUAGGAAAUAUUGGACCUAUUGAUAUAUUAAGAUUUUUGAAAGGCAUGGAUUUUUAUCCUAAUACAAUUAUUGCAUAUAGAGUUUUAUUGACUAUUCCUGUGACAGUUGCCUCUGCAGAAAGAAGUUUUUCAAAAUUGAAAUUGUUGAAGUCUUACUUACGGUCUACCAUGUUACAAGAAAGACUUAAUGGGUUAGCGUUAUUAGCGAUUGAAAAUGAUUUGUUGGAGAAUAUACAAUAUGAAGACUUGAUUGAAGAAUUUGCUUCAAAAAAUGCUAGAAGGAAGACUUUUUUUAAGUAG